AGGCGCCUCGCGCGGCUUGUGGGGCCCGGCGGGGCACAGGCGGCAGCAUGUCGGUGGCCGGCUUGAAGAAGCAGUUCCACAAGGCCAGCCAGCUAUUUAGUGAAAAAAUCAGUGGAGCUGAAGGAACAAAACUAGAUGAAGACUUCCAGGAAAUGGAAAGGAAAAUUGAUGUCACCAACAAAGUGGUGGCAGAACUCCUGUCAAAAUCCACGGAAUACCUCCAGCCUAAUCCAGCGUCCAGAGCCAAGCUGGGAAUGUUGAACACUGUGUCCAAGUUCCGAGGGCAAGUGAAAGCCACGGGAUACCCACAGCCAGAGGGGCUGCUGGGCGACUGUAUGCUUCGGUACGGGAGAGAACUUGGAGAGGAAUCAACGUUUGGUGCUGCUCUGAUCGAUGUGGGGGAGAGCAUGAAGCAAAUGGCUGAAGUGAAAGACUCUCUGGACAUCAACGUCAAGCAGAACUUCAUUGACCCUCUUCAGUUGCUGCAAGACAAAGACUUGAAAGAGAUUGGGCACCAUCUAAAGAAACUAGAAGGUCGACGUUUGGACUAUGACUACAAAAAGAAGCGCCUGGGAAAGAUUCCAGAUGAAGAGGUUAAGCAAGCUGUGGAAAAGUUUGAAGAGUCCAAAGAGCUGGCAGAGAGGAGCAUGUUCAACUUUUUAGAAAAUGACAUCGAGCAAGUCAGCCAGCUGCUAGUCCUGAUAGAAGCUGCGCUGGACUACCACAGACAGUCUGCAGAAAUCCUCGAGGAACUGCAGAGCAAGCUUCAGAACAGAAUCAACAUUGCAUCGAGUCAUCCCAGGCGUGAGUUCAAGCCAAAGUCAGUGAUAACAACGCUGGAGCUCAGCGACGGCCAACAACACAACGGCAUUUCGUUCAGCUCGCCACUAAAAUCAACAGGUUCUUUGUUGCACAUGGACCAACCAUGCUGCCAAGCCCUGUAUGACUUUGAGCCAGAAAACGAAGGUGAGCUUGGCUUUAAGGAAGGGGACGUCAUUACGUUAACCAAUCAGAUCGAUGAGAACUGGUAUGAAGGCAUGUUGAAUGGCGAAUCGGGCUUCUUUCCCAUCAAUUACGUCGAAGUCAUUGUGCCAUUACCUCAGUGAGUGUGCUGCGCUGUCCUGACAACGGAUGCGGCUUUGCGACUGAAAACCUCUGCCCAAAGCGGAUUCUAUUUGUGUGGCAUUCUGUGGAAGCCUUGCUUUUUUCGACCAACUCUUGACUUUUUGUACGUGUCUUUCAGAAAUGUAUUUAUUUUAUAUUCAUGUAGUUUGUAUAUAUUAAACCCUUCUUCCCUUUUCUUAAAUGAAAAUAGAGGGGAGGGGAAACUUGACCUGGCCAAUUGUUUUGCUUUGUGCCUUGAAGGUGUGUUUACCAGCAGCUCAGCCGCUGCCCCCAAAAGUGCAUUCAGUUGCUCACGUCCCGAACACCACUUUCUGUCUUGGCUGCAUGCCAAGCUACCUGUAAACAGGUGAUAUCAAGUGAACUUUGUUCUGUGCAUCUUAACUGUGAAAAGCUAAUGCCCUUUGUGUGCUAAGAGCAGAGUGGUAGUCUUUAUGAAGAUGUUGCUGUACUGGGUACGCUGUCUGAAAGUCAAAAACUCCUAAGACACUGACCAAAUGUAAUAAACAUUGCCAUGAGAAAACA